UCAUACAACCGUAGAAGAAGAAGUAAAGGGCGGCCUUCAGCGAUAGAGCAUCUAGCUAAGUUGUUUUAGCUAAAACGAAAAAUCACUUUCCCUCCAUUUGGAUAACCGACGUAGGGUUUGUGUGGAAUAAAGACACAUUCAUGUGCUGACUGAGGAGGAAGAUAUCACAACACGCAAACAUGUCCGGAGCAUGUCAGGACAGAAGAAGUCGCUGGCAGGAGAUUCAGAAAGGCCUACAGUUUAUCCAAUCAACCCUUCCAUUUCCUGGCAGUCAAGAACAGUAUGAGGUGUUCAUAAAGGACCUCGUGUGGAAUCUGUUUGGGGAAGGAAACGACGUGUAUAAAGAAGGGGAAUGGACGAAAUCCAUCGAAAUGUACACUGAAGCACUGAGUAUAGCAGACUACGCUGACUCAGAAGAAAUCUGUGUUCCAACAGGUUUACUAGAAAAGCUGUAUGCAAAUCGAGCUGCAGCGUAUCUAAAUAUUGUUCCGGGACUGUAUGACCAAGCACUAGAAGACUGUGAAAAGGCUCUCCAGUUGAAUGAGGGCAACUACAAAGCACUGUACAGAAAAGCAAAAGCCUUGAAAGAGAUGGGUAGACAUCAAGAGGCCUACGAGGCUGUUGCCAAAUGCUCUCUAGCAGUGCCUCAGGCUGCCUACAGACACAGCACACCCAGUGGAGCCAUGUUUCUGGAUUCCAGUGUCACACAGCUGACUCAGGACCUUGCCAAAAUUUUGGGGUUGAAAAUCCGUAAAGCUUAUGUUAGGAGUAAGCCUGCCUUGAAUGUUUUGCGAGGAUCAAGUUAUCAAGAUGUAUCAUGUGACAAGUUUCAUGAUUCAGCUUCAGUUGAAGAUAUAGAAAUUGAAGUGCCUCAGUUGACCCAGGAUAGCAGUGUUUUGGCUCCAGGCCCAGCUCCAAUCCAAGCUCCGGUGGCAGUGCAUCCACCUCUGAAUGAAGCAGUGCUCGACGAACUUCCUUCAAACAACAGUAUCUCAUCUGUAACCCCGUCGGAGCCUCCAGGUUUCGAGUCCGUCCCCUUGCCUGUAUCCGCAGCCACGUCAGUCCCUCUCCCUGCGCUCACAUUUGUUAACGGGUGCCGCACCAGCAAGCCUUGCUCAAUUCUUGAAAACAGUCAAGAUUUUGAUGGCGACAUCAUUGGCGAUGACCUAGAUGAUCUACUGGACCAAGCAGGCCCAGACUCAACCUUGGGUAUUCCCACGGUGAAGGGGCCUCUUCCUUUGCCAACCAGUAUUGCCUCGGGCAAUUCCAUGUCGAGUCCAUUCCUGAUGCCACCUCACAUCAACCCGUUUCUCCACAGCGGUGGCCAGCAGUGCACUGUAACUCUGCCACCUCUGUAUCACCAGUCGGGGUCGAGUACUUAUUUUGGUAUGGACACUUUUGACUCUCUGGCUCCGCCGCUGGACUCCCUGGAUAGUCUCAAUAUAUCGGACUAUAAAACAGAGUAUGCUCCGAGUCCAUUCAUUCCACAGCUCAACAAUAGUGAAACCCCGAUGGGAAUGGCUGUGGGCAUGCCUGAUGUGAAGGGCCUCCCUGCUGCCGUGGAUUUAGCAAAGAACCCCUUAGCUGAAACUCAUGAAUUCAAGCAAGCCUGCUCGAUGUGCUACGUCAGAACUGGGCCUGGAGUGUUGGAUUACACACUUCAUACUGAGGAGCAUAAAUGCAAAAAGGAUGUAUUACUGGGCAGGAUCAAGCAUUCACCAGACAAAACGUGGAAGCUCAUUCGACCCAGACCAACAAAAACCCAAUACGUUGGACCUUAUUACAUUUGCAAAGAGGUGGCUGUUGGGAAAGACUGCCUGUACCCUGGGCACUGCACAUUUGCAUACUGCCAGGAAGAGAUUGACGUUUGGACUCUGGAGCGCAAAGGGUUUAUCUCCAGAGAACUGCUCUUUGAUCCUUUUGGGACAAACUCCAACAUCAGGUUGACUAUCCCCAAGAUCUUACACGAGCAUCAUGGGAUAUUCAUGUUUCUGUGUGGGGUGUGCUUUGACCACAAGCCCAGAAUAAUCAGCAAAACCAACAAAGAUGACCCUUCACUUUGUUCUCAUCCUGUGACAAAGCAUGACUUUGAGGAUCAUAAGUGCCUGGUUCACAUUUUGAAGGAGAAUACAGUCCGUUACUCCAAAAUCCGACCCCUGAGUGCCCAGUCCCAGCUGGAUCUUUGUCGUCAUGAAGUCCGCUACGGCUGCGUGAGAGAGGACGACUGCUUCUACGCCCACAGCCUCAUCGAGCUGAAGGUCUGGAUGAUGCAGCAUGAGCUCGGCAUCACUCAUGAAAGUAUUGUUCAAGAGGCAAAGAAGUUUUGGAGUGCGACAGCUUCAUUACAGGGAGCCCAGCAGCUUUCCAAUGCACAGAGGAGGUUCGGACCUCCAAAUCUGAAGAUGAUGUUUGUUUGUGGCCAGUGCUGGAGAAAUGGCCAACUAAGUGAAGCUGACAAAAACAAGAAGUAUUGCUCUGCCAAGGCAAGACACACGUGGGCAAAAGACAGGCGGGUGGUGCUCGUAAGUUCCCAUGAAAGGAAAAAGUGGACGACAGUAAGACCACUGCCAACCAAAAAACCCAUCCCAUCUCAGUUUGAGAUUUGCAUGCACGUGACAGCUGGCAAGAAGUGUCAGUACAUUGGGAAUUGCACAUUUGCUCACAGUGUAGAAGAAAGGGACCUUUGGACCUACAUGAAGGAAAACAACAUUCCAGAUAUGGAUCAGCUUUAUGAGCAGUGGCUGCAGUCUCAGAAGCCUGGCUGGGGCGAGGAGGCUUCCAGUAACUCAGUCAGGGAGAACGGCAAACAGAUCCACAUGCCAACAGACUAUGCUGAGGAAGUGGCUGGCAAUCAUUGUUGGCUGUGUGGUAAAAACUGCAACAGUGAGAAGCAGUGGCAGCAGCAUAUCACUUCAGAAAAACACAAAGACAGAGUUUUCAACUCUGAGGAUGAUCAGAACUGCUGGCAGUAUCGAUUUCCCACAGGCACUUUCAAAGUUUGUGAGCGGUUCCUCAAAGGCACGUGCACAGAGGAUGACUUGUGUAAGCUGGCACAUGGAGAGCAGGAGCUAAAAGAGUGGAUGGAGCGCAGGGAAUUCCUUUUGAUGAAACUUGCCAAAGCCAAAAAAGACCAUCUUAUAGCACCGAAUGACAAUGACUUUGGAAAAUACAGUUUUCUGCUUAAAGAUAUUAAAUAAAGAUGUGAUGACAAUAUCCAUGCUCACUUGCAAAUAAUGCAGUAUUCAAACAGUCUUGAGUCAGGUCAUCCUUGAGGGCCUCUGAGGCACAAAGGAAAUUGCCUGAUCGCAGCAUGAUUUUAAAGGGGGGCAUUCAGGACCCGGCCCUCUGAUUGGUGGCUGGUUUUCUCUGAUCGGAACUACUGGAGUGUUAUCAUUAAUAGCAAAUACUGAGUGUAUGACACCUGAAGCUUUGCUAUGCACCAUUCAGUAGAAUACCUGAAUACGGUGAUUACAAUAGCAUGUGUUAAACCUUGAUCAGAGACAUGUUCAGAUACUUACAGACCUUUAAAAAAAAAGUAAUUUCUUUUCACAAACAGUUUGUAUACGUUAAUGACCUUUACCGUUUUAAGUAUGGGAUGCUUAAAUUGAGAAUUAAGUUGACAUUCUUUUAUUUUAAAUCAGUCAGAAUAGGUCAUUUUCACUUUCCAUUUAUCUAAUAGUGUUACCAGUGUAAUGGGCACACACCAAAUAAAGCUUCUUUUUUUAAAAA